AUGGAUUCUGUUAAUGCACAUUCAUUACAAGAUAUGCAAAGUUGCAAUAUAUCCAACGAUCAAAGUGUGCCUAUGAGCCAAGGUACAGAUUCAGAUGGUGUCUCCACCCAAAUGGUAGAUAAGUGUCAACGAGUCAAGAUGUGGCAACAAACAAACUAUCUUUCUGAUUCUGGUAUUCAAAGUGCUGUCGGGACACACACACCAAGCAUCAGCAGUAAAAUGGGCAUCGAUGAUACUGAGGUAGAUGAUCGUUAUUUUAGUCAAAAGUGUGGUCAUUUACCUCAAUGGUCAUCUACAUUUCCUCUCUCUGUCAACCCGUCGGACUCUUGCUUACUUUCUCCAGCUACCCCUAGUACCAGCAGUAUUUUGGGUGUCGACUCCUUGAGUGAUGUUGGUGGCUCACACUCAGCUAGUAAUGUUGAUUUAAGGGGAAACAAAUUGCCUGAGAUUGAUACUGAUGAAGCUGCUGGAGCCAUCCCAGAACUUGUUAAACUCAUUAAAGACGAAGAUGACCAGGUCAUUAUUUAUCAGUCAUCAAUGAUGGUUUUCCAACUAAGCAAAUCAGAGGCCAUCGAUGCUCUUAUAAAAUCCAGAGAUAUGAUUGACUGCAUUAUAUCUGCACUAGAUCGAACAGAAGAUCCAGAAACAGUGCGUUUUCUUGCUGGCACAUUAUACAAUAUUUCUCAAAUGCAACCAGGUCUCAAGGCAAUAUUUGCUGCUCAAUGUAUCCCAUGUCUUGUGAAACUUCUCAAUUCUCCAGUAGAAUCAGUUUUGUUUUAUGCAAUAACAACAUUGCACAACCUUCUGCUUCAUCAAGAAGGGGCCAAGGCUGUUGUAAGACAAAGCGGAUGUUUGCAGAAAAUGACUGCCUUACUGCGGAAGAAUAACAUAAAAUUCCUCACAAUAUGCACGGACUGUUUACAAAUAUUGGCUUACGGUCAUCAAGAGAGUAAGCUACAGAUACUAUGCAGCGGGGGACCUGUAGAGCUGGUUCGCAUACUGAAGACUUACCAGUAUGAAAAGUUAUUGUGGACUACGGCCCGAGUACUUAAAGUCCUAAGUGUGUGUGCUUCUAACAAGCCGGCCAUAAUUGUUGCUGGAGGAAUGGAUGCCUUAGCAAAGCACUUGCACAGUUCUAGUCAUCGAUUAGUAUUGAAUUGUCUCUGGGCACUUCGUAAUUUAUCUGAUGCAGCAACAAAAAUGGAUAAUCUUCAGCCCCUGUUGCAUUCAUUGGUACGUCUACUUGAUUGUGGGGACAGUGGUAUGAUUACAUGUGCAGCUGGAAUUCUGUCAAACCUCACAUGUAAUAACCAUGCAAAUAAAUUUGCUGUUUUCAAGAUGGGUGGUGUAGAAGGGCUUUUACGUGCUGUCAGUCAACCUGUUGUUAAGGAAGAUAUUCUGGAGCCAUGCAUGUGCGCUCUGAGGCACUUGACAAGUCGUCAUGAAGAGGAAGAGACAGCAAGACAUGCUAUAGUCCAUGAACUAAAUGGUUUACCAGUGAUCGCUCGAAUUUUACAUGCAGCCACUGCUGGUAUUUGCCCUGAUCUCGGUCUGGUAUGCCAACAUCCUCAAAAUCCGGUGGUUUCUUGGAUGCUUGUGAAGGCUAUGGUUGGCUUGUUGAGAAAUUUGUCUGUCAAUUUGGACAGUCAUUUCGGAAUGCGAGAGUGUGGACUUGUUACCGGUUUGUUUUUACUACUUUAUGCUACUCAACACGAGAUAGUGAGGCGUUCUGUUUCUGGCGCUCCUGCUUCCCAUCCAACAUUUUCGACGGUAGUUCAAAGCGUAAGACUUGAAGAGAUCGUGGAAGGAAUUUGCGGGGCACUUCAUAUGUUGGCAAAGGAUCAUGCUACUCGUUCAUAUUUGGCUUUACUAAAGGCUCCGGCUUUGAGUAUAACUCCCAAUAUUCAGCCUGGUUCCUCUGGCCUCGCAAUAUUCGUCGAACUUCUUCAUUCACCUCAUGAAUCUAUCCAACGCGCUGCAGCUGGCGUUCUCGCCGAGGUUUCACAGGAUCGUGAUGGUCUUGAGGCUCUAGCCACUUUACCUGGUGCAGGCUCUAGAUUUGAUGAGUUGGUUCGGUCUAGAAAUGAAGCCAUCUCAACGUAUGCCUCCGCAGUAGUUAUUCGGCUUGCUGAGGAACGCAGAGGCGUUGGCGGUAAUUCUUACAUCUUUCCAUCUCAUAUAGAAUCACUGAAUACACCACCUUUACCUAUGGAUACUGGGGAAGUUUAUCAUGUACCUUCUGUUCAACCUGUCCAACAUUCAACUGGUGGUUCACAUCCUGGCGUGCCUUCAUUUCCUCCUCACGGAAAUUGGAGCCAUCCUCCUUUGCAAACUCAUUCCCAAGAACAGGGGAACACGUAUGGAGGUUCUUCAAACUCUUUGAUGGCAAUGCUUGGGCCACUUCCGCCUGGUUGUAAGAAUUCCGUAUGCGGUGAUUGCUGCUCAUAUUGGAAUGAUUGUGGUCCUGCUGGAACAUGCUCUGAUCCAAAUUGCAUUUAUAAUACCAACAAUAGUAAUAAUGCCACCAAUAUUAGCAAUAGUCAAUCUUCUGGAACGUAUUCAGAGUUGCAGCCAGUAAAGGUGUAUCAUAAUGUCCGUCCACCAAGUCGUACGGGAUUCAUGAACUGUGGUACCUCCGCCUAUACCGCAGGAUCAACAUUUUUACCCCCAUCUGUUCAGAAUUUCGACAAUAAUAGUUCAGUGCAAGGACAUAAUUCUAUUUACCAGGGAGGAAUGAGUGUCACGCCACGUCGGUCGUGUACUGGAAGUGUAAAUACAAGUGGAUAUUUAAGUCCUGGCAGUGAAAUGUUUGUGAAUCCUUCACCAUCGGAAUACAAGCCGUCAAUUCAUCCAGAUGGACAAGCGGUAGUAUUACGAUCAUCUCGCUUAGAGCAAUCCCAUAGUACUACAAAUUCUUCGCCUGCAAUGCCUUCACAAAAUGUCAGUACUGGUUAUCUCAGUCCAGAUAUGAUGGUGCUAGAGGAAAACGAUUCUGAUUGGUUAGGUGGUCCUGCUGUUAUGUGA